CUACCUUGUUACACCCAUUUUUCGUAUCCUCUCAGGACCACCACCAGCUACAGAUCUUCGAUGAGUGUAUAAUUCUGAUCUCUUCCAUUCAUUUCAAAUAGUCACUCGCUGGUCAAAAUGCAAAGGUCUCCCUUCGCUCCGCUCCCAGCGCAGUCUCCUCCACUUCACCACCCAGUACCGCAGCAUGUCUCGACAGUGCCCAUGAUGCGCUCACCACCACCCCCAGUUUCUCAAUCCGGAUAUGACAAUCCUUACCAGCCGGCCCCAGCUCAAGGGGCCAGUGGCACUUUUGCGCCAAACUUUGGAGGGUUCAUGACCGAUCCAACGGCUCAAAUGGGAUUCCAAGUUGGCAAGACGGCGAUGAUGGCAGGCCAAGAAUAUAUGGAACAAAAUUUAAACCGUUACGUUUCGAUACCCGCGCUAAAACAUUACUUUAACGUUUCCAACUCAUACGUCCUGAACAAGCUCUCGCUCGUGCUAUUUCCCUGGUACCAUAAGCCCUGGUCACGACAACAGGCUCGAAUGGCUGCUACAGCAGGUCCAGACGGUCAAUUGCAGCCGCAACAUUAUGCUUCUGUCUUCCUUCCCCCGCGCGACGACCUGAACUCGCCUGAUAUGUACAUCCCUACUAUGGCCUUUGUGACGUAUAUUCUAUUGUGUACUGUCAUGGCUGGUCUGCGCGGAAGCUUCCACCCGGAGUUACUGGGCUCUAUUACCACAACUGCUAUGGCAGUCGUAAUAUUCGAGAUCCUUUGCCUGAAAAUCGCUAUGUAUAUACUCGCCAUCAGCAAUGACUCUCAAUUGCUUGACUUGGUGGCCUACUCGGGUUACAAGUUUGUUGGAAUUAUUGUCACCUUGCUGGCAGCUGGGAUUAUCACUCCGGGACGAGGGACUGGUGGUUGGGUUGGCUGGGCUGUUUUCAUUUAUACCUUCCUUGCCAAUGCUUUUUUCCUGCUUCGAUCGUUAAAAUAUGUUCUCCUUCCUGACUCAACCGGCGAUGCACCGAUGCGUUCGGGCACUAUGCAUACUGUGGCACGCGCCCAACGUAACCGCCGGACACAAUUCCUCUUCAUCUACUCUUACGUCGUCCAGUUUAUCUUCAUGUGGGUUCUGUCACGGGAAGGUCCUCCUGCUGCAAAAGCAACUGCAUCUUAAAUCUGGUCCGGCAGACAGAUUCCAUUUAUAAUGGAUUGCUACCAUGUCUGGACAUUUAAAGCGAGCGGUGUUGGAUUUCUAUAUAGGAAUGUAUGACAUAUGGAGUGAUAUCAUUAGCAUGUAGAGCUGUGUAAUUUAAUGUGAUCAUGACGAUGCAUUCAUCUAUCUGGACUACCCUAGAAUUUAC